AUGCAGCUGACUUUGAGUCUUCCAGGCUCCGCAGGAAUGCAACUGUUGCUUCUGGUGUCAAACCUGUUCCUUUUGGAGAAUGUGGCCUCUAAACCAACUGUCUCUGUGUCCAUUGAAGACCUCUAUCACCGGUUGGUUGAACAGACUCAUAAUACAUUUAUCCUGGCAGCAGAUGUAUACCGUGAAUUUGAUUUGAACUUUGCCAAGAGAAGCUGGAUAAAAGACAGGAUACCUCCCCUUUGUCAUACUGCUUCCAUCCAUACUCCAGAGAAUCGAGAGGAAGUCCACGAAAUUAAAACUGAAGACCUUCUGAAAGUAAUGAUCAAUGUUUCGACUUCCUGGAAAGAUCCUCUGAAACACCUGGUGUCUGCAGUGACUACUCUUCCAGGAGCUUCUGUUAAUAUGGGAAAAAAUGCUGUUGAUCUGAAGGACAAAAAUCUUCUAAUUCUGGAGGGACUUCAGACAAUAUACAACAGGACUCAGGUUAAAGUUGAAGAAAAUGAAAUUUUUGACUACCCUGCCUGGACUGGACUUGAAGACUUGAAAUCAUCUGAUGAAGACACUCAUCUUUUUGCCAUGUAUAACCUGCUUCGCUGUAUUAAAAGGGACAUCCAUAGGAUUGACAGUUAUCUCAAAGUCUUGAGGUGCCGAGUCGUCUUUAAGAAUGAGUGCUGA